ACAAACCUGUAAGCAAAGCUCAGGACCAAAAACUCCAGGGAAUGCUGCUCGCCGACAUUUCUGGACAGGUUACCCACUGGGAGAUCCACCACUGUCUCAGUCCCAUUGCUACCUAAGGUAGAGCUGGCCCCUGUUCCUGGAAAGGCGUUUGUGGGAGUAAAGAUGGAGGCCGGAGGGGAGCGCUUUCCUAAACAAAGGCAAGUCCUGAUUCUCUUUCUCUUGCUGGGAGUGGCUCUGGCAGGCUGGGAAUCCCGUCGCUAUUUCGUGAUGGAGGAAACUGAGAGCGGCUCCUUUGUGGCCAAUCUUGCUGAGGACCUGGGGCUGGGAGUGGGGGAGCUAGCUGCGCGAGAAGCCCGGGUGGUCUCCGAGGACAACGAACCCUGGUUGCAGCUUGAUCUACAGACUGGGGAGUUGAUAUUAAGUGAGAAACUGGACCGGGAGGAGAUGUGCGGCCCCACAGAUCCAUGUGUAAUGCAUUUCCAAGUGUUACUGAAAAAGCCACUGGGAGUAUUUCGAGCUGAGCUACUGGUGAGAGACAUAAACGAUCAUUCUCCUGAGUUUCCUGAAAAAGAAAUGACGCUGAAAAUCCUAGAGACUAGCCCUCCUGGGACCGUGUUUCCUCUGAAAACAGCUCAGGAUUUGGACGUGGGCAACAACAACAUCCAAAACUACAGUAUCAGUCACAACUCUUACUUCCAUGUUUCCACCCGCAACUGGGGGGACGGCAGGAAAUACCCAGAGCUGGUGCUGGACAAAGAGCUGGAUCGCGAAGAGCAGGCCGAGCUCAGAUUAACCCUCACAGCGCUGGAUGGCGGCUCUCCGCCCAGGUCUGGCACCGCCCAGGUCCGAAUCUUGGUCUUGGACGUUAAUGACAACGCCCCUGAGUUUGCACAGACGCACUACCAGGUGCAGGUCCCAGAGAACAGCCCUGUAGGCACCCUAGUUGUCAAGGUCUCAGCUAGGGAUUUGGACACUGGAACAAACGGAGAAAUAUCAUAUUCCCUUUUUUAUAGUUCUCAAGAGAUAAGCACAACUUUUGAACUAAGCAGCAUUUCAGGAGAAGUUCGACUAAUUAAAAAACUAGAUUUUGAGACAAUAUCCUCAUAUGAGCUGUAUAUAGAUGCGUCUGAUGGUGGGGGACUUUCUGGAAAAUGCUCUGUCUCCAUUGAGGUGAUGGAUGUUAACGAUAACUCCCCAGAACUAACUAUUUCAUCACUUACCAGCCCCAUUCCUGAAAAUUCCCCCGAGACAGAAGUGGCCCUGUUUAGGAUUCGAGACCGAGACUCAGGGGACAACGGAAGGAUGACUUGCUCCAUCCAGGAUGAUCUCCCCUUCCUCCUGAAACCAUCUGCAGAGAAUUUCUACACCCUAGUAACAAAUGGGGCGCUGGACAGAGAGAGUAAAGCCCAAUAUAAUAUCACCAUCACCGUCACAGAUAUGGGAACCCCCAGGCUGAAAACCGAGCACAACAUAACCGUGCUGGUGUCCGACGUCAACGACAACGCCCCCGCCUUCACCCAGACCUCCUACACCCUGUCCGUCCGCGAGAACAACAGCCCCGCCCUGCACAUCGGCAGCGUCCGCGCCACAGACAGAGACGCGGGCGCCAACGCCCAGGUCACCUACUCGCUGCUGCCGCCCCUCGACGCGCACGUGCCCCUGGCCUCCCUGGUGUCCAUCAACCCGGACAACGGCCACCUGUUCGCCCUGAGGUCCCUGGACUACGAGGCCCUGCGGGCGUUCGAGUUCCGCGUGGGCGCCGCCGACCGCGGCUCGCCCGCGCUCAGCAGCCAGGCGCUGGUGCGCGUGCUCGUGGCGGACGACAACGACAACGCGCCCUUCGUGCUGUACCCGCUGCAGAACGCCUCGGCGCCCUGCACCGAGCUGGUGCCCAGGGCGGCCGAGGCGGGCUACCUGGUGACCAAGGUGGUGGCGGUGGACGGCGACUCGGGCCAGAACGCCUGGCUCUCGUACCAGCUGCUCAAGGCCACGGAGCCCGGGCUGUUCGGCGUGUGGGCGCACAACGGCGAGGUGCGCACUGCCCGGCUGCUGAGCGAGCGCGACGCGGCCAAGCACAGGCUGGUGGUGCUCGUCAAGGACAACGGCGAGCCGCCGCUGUCGGCCAGCGUCACGCUGCACGUGCUGCUGGUGGACGGCUUCUCGCAGCCCUACCUGCCGGCCCCGGAAGCGGAAGCGGCGGACGCGGCGCCGGCCGCCCCGCUCACCGUCUACCUGGUGGUCGCCUUGGCGUCAGUGUCGUCGCUCUUCCUCUUCUCGGUGCUGGUGUUCGUCGCGGUGCGGCUGUGCAGGAGGGGCGGGGCGGCCUCGGUGGGCCGCUGCUCGGUGCCCGAGGGCCCCUUUCCGGGCCACCUGGUGGACGUCAGCGGCACGGGGACCCUGUCCCAGAGCUACCAGUACGAGGUGUGUCUGACGGGAGGCUCCGGGAGUAAUGAGUUCAAAUUCUUGAAGCCUGUCUUCCACAAUAUUCUAGAAUCGGACCUUGGGAGGAAGUCAGAAGGAAGUUCAACCUUCCAGAAUAGUUAGGUAUCUGAAACUUCCCCACUGCGUACAUUAGUUUUGUCUCCUACACCUUUCCCUUUUUUAACCUAGUAGUAAUCUUUAAUGCUACUUGUCUUUCUUCUUUUCUAGUUUUUCUUAGUAA